GCGAAACAAAUAAUAAAUUUAUUACUUCUUAGUAGUAAUUUCUAUCCAGUGAUGUUAUAUCGACGAGUUCAAAAAGAAAGCGACGGAUUAUUGUUUGGUCACUCGUUAUGGUCCCCAGCGAUAUUAUUUUUCGAACGAGUCCAAAAAGAAAGCGACAUAUUGUAUACGGUUUGGUCACUCGUUAUGGUCCGCGAACUAGUUGCCAGCGCAACUGGGUGCAUAAUAUUCGGCUCGGAUCAAGAAGUGGCCGGUGUGAUGAGAGCGGUCCGACGUUGCAACGCGACCGGCGCCUUCUCGUGGAUCGGGAGCGACGGAUGGAGCGCCAGGGGCUUGGUUAGUAAUGGCAACGAGCCGGAAGUGGAAGGUACCCUAUCGGUUCAACCUCAAGCGAAUCCUGUCAAUGGUUUCGAGGAAUACUUCCUGAAUCUGACCGUCGAGAACAACCGGAGGAAUCCGUGGUUCGUUGAAUUCUGGGAAGACCACUUUCAAUGUAGAUACCCGAACGCAUCCGUAACCCCGUACAAUCAAAAGUACAAGAAACCAUGCACGACGAAAGAGCGUCUGACGAAACAGAACACGGUGUUCGAGGAUCAGCUGCAAUUCGUCUCCGACGCUGUCAUGGCCUUCGGCUACGCCUUUCGAUCCUCUCCGCAAUUGUCCUUCCGCGGAGCAAGGAACAGGCUCUUCAUUGGCACGAUUUCGUUCAAGGUCUGAGCGGCGACCAGUUCGAGUUCGAUCAGAACGGCGACGGCCCGGCGCGGUACAACAUCAUACACUUCAAACAAAUCGAGCCCGGCAAGUACAAGUGGGUGCGGGUCGGCGAAUACGUUAACGGUGAAUUAAACUGGAAUAAGACCGAAAUCCAAUUUAAACUUGGACAUCCUCAGCCGCCCGAAAGCGUGUGCUCUCUACCCUGCGAGGUCGGCCAGGCAAAGAAAUACGUCGAGGGCGAGAAAUGCUGUUGGCACUGCUUCAACUGCACUCAAUAUCAGAUACGACAUCCGAGGGACGAGACCCAAUGUACACCAUGUCGUCAAGGAACGGUGCCAGACGACACGCAUUCCGCUUGCCGCGACAUCCCCGAGGAGUUCUUGCGUCCGGAGAGCGGCUGGGCGAUAGGUGCAAUGGCUUUCUCCGCCACGGGGAUUCUGAUAACGCUGUUCGUCUGCGGAGUGUUUCUGAAGCACAACGACACGCCGGUUGUUCGCGCGUCUGGUCGCGAGCUGUCCUACGUUCUACUGUCUGGGAUUCUGCUCUGUUAUCUCGUCACUUUCGCCCUCGUUCUCAGACCGACGGACGUUGUUUGCGGCAUUCAAAGAUUCACCGCAGGUUUCUGUUUCACCGUGGUCUACGCGGCGCUCCUAACCAAGACAAAUCGGAUAUCGAGGAUCUUCAACGCGAGCAAGCACAGCGCGAAGAGGCCCUCCUUCAUAUCACCGCGAUCGCAGCUAAUCAUCUGCUUCGGUUUGGUGUUCGUGCAAAUUUUAAUUAACGGCCUCUGGAUGAUAAUCGAUCCGGCCAAGGCGAUGCACCACUAUCCAACCCGUGAGGACAAUUUGCUCGUUUGCAACAGUUACGUUGACGCCAGUUACAUGAUCGCUUUUGCAUACCCCAUCAUGCUGAUAGUCGUUUGCACCGUGUACGCUGUCCUCACGAGAAAGAUCCCAGAAGCUUUCAACGAGAGCAAACACAUUGGUUUCACCAUGUACACCACGUGUGUGAUAUGGUUGGCUUUCGUGCCGCUGUACUUUGGAACUGGAAACAACGUCGCACUGAGGAUCACCUCGAUGUCAGUCACCAUAAGCUUGUCCGCCUCCGUAACUAUAGUCUGCCUCUUCAGUCCUAAGUUGUACAUCAUUCUAAUACGGCCGGAAAGGAACGUGCGUCAGAGUAUGAUGCCAACUAAGUAUAGCACGACGAAAAGCUCGGCGGUCACGGCUACCAAUGCCUCUAGCAUGAUAGCGCCAGUCACGCUGACCGCGGCUACCUGCGAUCAGAACAAGGCUGUGAAGAAACACAUUGCCACCACCAUAGACUGCUCGACCCAAAGCGAAUGU